AUGCACCUCCUUCAAACCUUGACAGCCUCGUUGCUGCUCACUGGCAGCUCACUAUGCGCCGGAGCUACUGGGACCGCCCAGAAGGGUCACCAUGGAGCAAUUGCUCCCAAGGUGUUCAUUGUGUCAAUGUUCGCACCCGAAGCCGAAGCUUGGUGGAAUAUCCCCGAAUUCGACUUGUUUUCCCACAAUAUCACCAUUCCCGGUCUCUCCCCUCUGUUCCCGGAAGUCCACUGCACCGAGGACUAUGAUGUCUGUCAGCUCAUCACUGGAGAAGGCGAGAUCAAUGCUGCUACGACUGUCACCUCCGUUGCCUUCUCCCCUCUAUUCGAUCUCACGCAAACCUACUUCUUCGUCGCGGGUAUUGCUGGCGUUAGCCCUAAGAAAACCACCACUGGAUCCGCGACCUUUGCUCGGUACGCAGUCCAGGUCGCGCUGCAGUAUGAAAUUGAUAUCCGCGAGCUUCCCAGCAACUUUUCCACCGGAUAUAUUGCACAAGGCACCAAAUUCCCAGGCCAGUACCCUACCAGCAUCUACGGCACCGAGGUAUUCGAGUUGAACGCCGACCUGCGCACAAUGGCUGCCAAUUUCGCGCGCAAGGCAAACCUCUCCGACUCCGCCACAGCCCAGGCUUACCGCGCCCGCUACAAGACCCCCAGUGGGAAGUACAAGGCCGCCACCUUGCCCCCUAGUGUUGUCGAGUGCGACGUCGCGACCACCGACGUGUACUACAGCGGCAACAUCCUCGGCUCGGUGUUCGAAAAUACCACCAAGGUGUUGACUAAUGGAACGGGCGACUAUUGCUCAAGCGCCCAGGAGGAUAAUGCCACCUUCGAGGUCUUGCUCCGAUCAUCGAUGCACAAGCUGACUGAUUUCUCUCGCAUUAUCGUGAUGCGCACUGCGUCUGACUUUGAUCGCCCUUACCCCGGUGCCUCAGCGACCUACAAUCUCUUCCAAUCCUCGGAGCAGGGCGGCUUCGAGCCCGCUAUUGAGAAUGUCUAUGUUGCUGGCAUCAAGGUCGUCGAGGGUAUUUUGGACGGGUGGGAUGCCACCUUUGCUGCUGGUGUCAAGGCCAACAACUACAUCGGUGAUAUCUUCGGCUCUCUGGGUGGUGAUCCGGACUUUGGUCCUGGACGCAAGCAGGCUCUUAUCGGUGGCGGCGCCUACAGAAAGCGCAACGUUCAAAACAACUUCAAGCGUCGUGUUUAA